CCGCGCUCGGGCGGGCGGGCGGGCGGUCCGAGCUCGUUGACGCAAGCUGAGUGAAGUGAUGGCGCCGAGCUGAAGGUACAGCGGUUGAGUGUGUUGCCGCCCUCAUGGACAAGCCAGCCGCAAGAGUGACGGGCGCCGCUGGGAAGUCUGUGAUAGCUGCCAAAGGCUCUGAACUAAAAGAUGGACAGAAAGUGCCCAUAAUUCUGUACCUCAAUGAAAACAAUGGUGACUAUAAUUUAUCCAUCUCUACAAUUCGGGAAGCAAAUGAUGGAACUACUGCUUGUCAGACUGUGAUCCCGAUUAAUAACCAGUUUCGCAUUAUACAAGAGGCUGAAGAGGCACUUUUGAUUGAUGAUCCUUUUACACGGAUAUGUAGGGUCCGUAUACAAGGAGACCAGGCUCACUGCUGCUUUGAACUGCCAGAUGACGAGUCCUGCCUCAACUUCCUCACUGAAGUGAAAAAGGUUCAACAAGCUACAUUUAAAAGCAUUGGUGUUGAAAAAGUAGUGAUAGAUCCAUUCGCAAUGGAAUCAACAGGUUGGCCCCAGUUUGGUCUACUACAACAUGGCAAAGAAAGUGGAGCAAGUAAAUCAGAGCUUGGGUUUGAUGAUGAUUUCAUUGAUGUUAUAAAUUUGGAAAAGAAGAAUCAACUGAAUCAAGCUGGAAGCAGAGUUGCUCCUGUGGCAGUGUCUUCUCGUACCAACAAGCUAUCCACUGAAAAAGAUGGGUCAAGGAAUGGACAGCCAAGAGUAACCAACACCAUGCGGAAGCUUUUUGAACCAAGUAAUCAGUCGGUAGCCAGAGAAGGUCUGAUUAAACAUUGCCUAACAAAACGUGAAAAAGAAUUUGUCGACUUUCAAGAUUUUAGGUUUUUUGUUGGGACCUGGAAUGUAAAUGGACAGUCUCCAGAUUGUAGUCUGGAUUCCUGGUUGGCUACUGAUACACACCCACCUGAUGUGUACUGUCUGGGUUUUCAGGAGUUGGAUCUAAGUACCGAAGCCUUCUUUUACUUUGACUCUGCCAAAGAGCAGGAAUGGUUGAAUGCUACAGAAAGAAGUUUGCAUCCUAAAUGUAAAUAUAGCAAAUUGAAACUGGUUCGAUUAGUGGGAAUGAUGUUGAUUGUUUUCGUGAAAAAGGAGCACGUAAAGCACAUAAAAGAUGUGGAAGCAGAGUCUGUAGGAACAGGAAUUAUGGGAAAAAUGGGAAACAAAGGCGGAGUUGCAGUUCGUUUUGUCUUUCACAACACAAGUUUCUGCAUUGUGAAUUCUCACCUUGCUGCUCACGUGGAAGACUUUGAGAGACGGAAUCAGGAUUAUAAAGACAUAUGUGUUCGAAUGAUUUUCCAAGUGUCUGAACAUAACCAACCUUCUGUAAACAUUAGUAAACAUGACAUUGUUAUUUGGCUUGGAGACCUGAACUACAGACUGUGUCUCCCAGAUGCCAAUGAAGUGAAGGCACUGAUAGAGAAACAAGAAUUAAGGAAGCUAUUAGAAUAUGACCAGCUGAAUAUUCAACGAAUGACUAAAAAAGCUUUUGCAGACUUCAGUGAGGGGGAAAUUCAUUUCAGGCCUACUUACAAAUAUGAUACUAAAUCAGACCGAUGGGACUCGAGUGGUAAAUGUCGUAUCCCAGCUUGGUGUGACCGAGUUCUCUGGAGAGGUGAAAGUGUCCGGCAGAAAUGUUAUCGAAGUCACAUGGAACUUCGAACCAGUGAUCACAAACCUGUCAGCUCACUUCUGGAUAUUGGGGUGAAAGUUGUAAAUGAGCAAAGGUACAAGAAAGUUUUUGAAGAUAUUGUUCGAGUGAUGGAUCGAAUGGAAAACGAGUUCUUGCCUUCUUUAGCUCUUAGUAAGCGAGAAUUUACUUUUGAGGAUGUUAAAUUUCGACAGCUGCAAAAGAAAUGGUUUCAGAUUACUAAUGAUGGGCAAGUGCCAUGUCAUUUCUCCUUCAUUCCAAAAUUGAAUGACAGUCAUUACAGCAAGCAGUGGCUAAAGGCAGAACCUUGUGAAGGAUAUCUUGAACCCAGUGAAUUUGUGGAUAUUGCACUGGAAGUUUAUGUUAGCAAGGGCACUGUGACAUUAUUAAACUCAGCUGAGGACAAGAUUGAAGACAUCUUGGUUUUGCAUCUGGAUCGAGGAAAGGACUAUUUUCUGACAAUUGGGGGGAAUUAUUUGCCAAGUUGCUUUGGUACAUCACUUGAAACACUUUGUCGAAUGAAAAAGCCAAUUAGGGACGUGCCAGUUACUAAACUUAUAGACUUGGAGAAAUCUCAGUUAGACCUCGUCAGUAUGGAUAAUAUAGGAACUGACAAACAACCUCUACAAGUUCCAAAGGAAAUUUGGUUGUUAGUAGAUCAUCUCUUUAAGAAUGCAAUUCGUCAGGAGGACCUGUUCCAGACUCCUGGUAUGCAGGAAGAACUUGAGCAGAUUUUUGACUGCUUGGACACAAGUAUUCCACUGACUAUUCCUGGUGGCAACCAUUCAGUAGCGGAAGCUCUACUCAUCUUCCUUGAAGCACUUCCAGAACCUGUGAUAUGUUAUGAGCUUUAUCAACGAUGCUUAGAAUCUUCAUAUGAUCACCGCAGCUGUCAAACUUUGAUAUCUCAAUUGCCCCGGAGUCACAGAAAUGUGUUUCGGUACUUGAUGUCAUUUCUGCGGGAAUUGCUGACCUAUGCAGAAGACAACAAGCUUGAUGCCAAGAUGCUAGCUACCCUCUUUGCAAGUCUGCUUUUGAGGCCACCACCAAACUUUGUUGGGCGGCAAACCCAAAAUGAUAGACAACGUGCUGUGAACUUCAUCUAUGGCUUCCUGGGUGGAGAUAACUAAUUUUUGGACAUACUUCUGACCACGUCUUCACUGCACUGUGAUCGUAUUGCAAAUGUACAACAAAAUGGUGAUCGAUAGAUACAGAUACUUGAGCCUUUUAUUCCAGUAUAUGCCAAUAUCAGUUUUUGUGGUAGUUAGUCCCAAAAUCUUUCUUGCCAACUAGUGAUUGUCAUAAACUGGUUCCAUGUGAACAUAGACAAUUUCAUUCAUUGUACAGACCACUUUUUUGAUUGUGAAUUUUAUUUCCCAACUAAUGCGUAAAAUAUUUCAGCAUUGUACCUAAUGUCUAUUUUUAAUACCAGCUUGCUGCAAAUUGGACUAGAACAUUUUUAAUAAUUUACAUGACUUGAUGAUACUGAGCAAUGGUAACUCCAUCAGUUUAAGUAGAAAAUGCAGUGAUGCAUCGCAGGAUGAAAUGUCCAAUUAUGUUUUUUUAACCCCCUACCAUUAAAACAAAUUUCUCAAUUAUAUUUUUAAUAACUGAAUAGAAAUUAGCUUAGUAAGAGGGCAGUAAACUUCCAUUCGGUGAAUGUAUUUCAUCUGUCAGCUGUGAUGGAUGGAACUUGUCUGUUCGAUUGUGUUUCCUGGGUGAGUUUUAGGAAAGAUGAAUGUAUAUAAAAGUGUUCACCCUGAUUACCAAGUGAUAAUGGUGGAGAUGUUGAGUUUAAUUGUGUGCAGCAGCACUCAAUACAAUGGCUUAAUAUUCAGAAAUCCAAAUAUAUGUGUCAGAGCAAAAUUAUUGGUUGUCUGAAACAUGGCAUUUUAAACUUUAAUAAAAUUGCGAAAUUUCUAAAUAAUCCCUACAGACACGGGGAAGACAGCAGAUGCUAGGAACCGGGAGCAACAUGGGGGGUGGGGAGAUCUGGCGGAACUCAGCAGGUCAGGUAGCAUCUACGCAGAGAAAUGAAGAGUUGAUGUUUAUGGCUGACUUCUGUGGCUGGGCUUCUUUCUUUCCAGUCUUGAUGAAGGGUCUUGGCCUGAAACGUCAACUAUUCAUUUUUCUCUGUAGAUCCUCCGGACCAGUUGGAUUCCUCCGGCACUUUUUUUUUAUAUACAUAUGUUGCUCCAGCAUUCAACUACAGAUAAAGUUUGGAUACUAAAUUCAUUCAAAUUAUAUUGUGCAUUUUCAAGAGUGAUACUACAAAGUUUUUAAUUUUCGUAUAUUUAUUGAAGAUCAUAUUUGUUCAACAAGCAGCAGUUUAUUAUACCCAUAUAUUAUUUACGGUUUCUUUAAUGAAGUAUGAGUUAGUGUCAUGCAAAAAAAAAGCACGGUCUCUUAUGGAAUGAUAAAUUGCAGUUCUGGAACCCAAGACUCUCUGCAGUCUAUCAAGAAUACAGAUUUAAUUACAACCCAAUUAUUUCAGAGUUUCGUCUUGCUGUCCUGAGGCUACCUGCCGAUCAGAAUAGUAUAGCAGUAUUACAGAACAACCCUGCCAUUCACUCAAUCAGACAAUUACAUAAAUUAUAAGAUGAAGGAAGUAGAAGACGUAUUUUAGUUUGAUAUUUUUAUUCUACUGGAAUUGUUGGGUUGAAUCUAUUAUUCGAUCACCAGUUUUUUUUAAAAAGUGCUAAGUAAUCAGUUUAAACUGGUUUAGUGUUGCCAGAUCCCAGCUAUGGGAAAACAUUUGUGCGUGUGUGUGUGUGUGUAUGUGUGUGUGUGUGUGUGUAUAUAUUUAAAAGUAAACUAUGGCAUUAAGUUUAUGUGUAGAACAGAGUAUUUUCAAAAUAAUGUAUGCUCCUUGAUAAGGUAUAGAAAUUGUUUUUGAAAAAAGAACUACAACCUCUCCUUGAUAUGAUAUGCUUGUAAAUGUCAGUAAAAGCAUCUUGUAUUGAACCUCUUCACUCAGCUAAUACCAACACUACAGAUCUUAAGUUGCAUUUUUAAUUGGGGUUUCCCUCAGAUCAGAAUGCCUAGAUAAGAUGAAUAAUGUACUUUAGUACACUCCGUUUUUAAUACAAUUUGGCAUGAACCUAACAGUGAAAAAUUGUCUGUUAAUUAAUCCAUUUACAUGCAAGUCAAAAUGAAAUUUGUAAUCAAGUGGCUUGAUUAUAAAUUCACUGUACAAAGAAAAGCAAAAGCAGCAGUUGUGUAACACUUGGGAUCCCUUGCCAGCCAAUGAUCAAUGGGCAUUCGUUUAAACUAUGAAGUAAAUGAAAAUAUUUGAAAUUCCUGUCAUUGAUUGUGAUGAAUGAUUGAAAUACCUUUGGUCAUUUGAAGUUUUUAUCUGCAUUGUUUUAAUCAAUGUUAUGCCAGCUCAGUAAAUAUGCUGAAUUUAUGAAAGGCAUACUUCAAAAGACCAGAUACAAAAAUUAUUCAAUCUCAUUGAUAUGGUAUGAAGAACUUGGAAUAAUUAGAUACCAGUGUUCAUAAUUGCUGUCCAAUACACUACAAUGUAUAUUUUGGUCUCUGGGUUAUUUCAUUACCUUAAGUUACAUUUUUCAAUUAAAUCCAUUUAAUUCUCUCCAAA